AUGGCUUCAAAGGUAGGACAAGGGGGAGAAAAAUCCGGUUUUAAAAGCAAUCAACGUGUCCGCAUGAAGGAAACGAGAGUGAAAGGGAAGGAUUUAAAUGGCGCGGGUUGGUGUGAAGGGUGCCAUUGCGAGCAGGUUGGCGCAUGCUGUUGA